AUGGCCACACUCGCCCAAAACACCGACCUCGAGACGCUCGUCAAAACCGACGUCCUCACCGCCAUCGCCCCCAAUCUCAUUCAACCCUUCAUCGCAAGCCGACCCUUCAUUUUCGUCCCCGGCACCUUUAACCUGCGCGACAUCGGCCAGCCCACCUGCACCCCACCCGUCCGCAGCAACUUCCUCUACCGCUCCGGCAUGCUCUCCUCCAUCACCGAUGCCGGCGUGACCAAACUCGUCUUGGAGCUAGGUGUCAAGAAGAUAUUUGAUCUCCGUUCUGCGAAAGAGUGCGAGGCGUUUCCCGCGCCGUACAUAGCGGAUGUGGAGAUCCGCUGGCUGCCGCCGGCGCAGGAGCCGCGACCGGUGGUGUACAGUGAGUUUGGCGCCGAGGAUGGCGGGUUGAAGGCGAUGGUGGAGUUUUACAAGGAUAUCUUGGUGACGCAUGUGCCUGUGUACAAGGAGGUGUUUGAGCACAUUCGGGAUGAGAGAGAUAAUCCCAUUGUGUUUCAUUGUGCUGGCGGGAAGGACCGAACUGGUGUUUUGACAGCGCUUAUCCUAGGCAUUGCGGGCUGUUCUCCAGACGUUAUUGCGCGGGAAUAUGUGCUCACCCGUAUUGGAGUGGAACCCGCCCGCUCGGUCAUCAUGGGGGAAAUUCUCACAAGUGACAUCGCAUCUGACCCUGUGAAGAGAAGGGGGUUUGCGGGCCUGUGUAGUGUCAACUAUGAAACGAUGAUCCAGUUUCUUGAGCAUUUGGAGGGAUGCUAUGAGAACGGUGCUGAGGGAUAUGUCAAAAGUGUGCUGGGAUUCUCUGAUGAUGAUGUGGCGAAGAUCAGAGAGAAUUUGACUGCGUAG